UAAAUCCAAUCGUCCCCAAAUUGCUUCUUGUUAGGGCGGUGGAAAGAACAAAUAUCUCUCUAUUUCUGAUUUCGCAUACUGCAAGCAUUUCCCAGAACUCAAUUCAAGCUAGAGAACAACAAAUGGCCGCAACCAGGUCUAUGAUGCGUUCUGCAUCCAUUUUCUUAACGGAGCCAUCGCGACCCCUUCACUUCACUCCUCCUUCUUCCUCCUUCUCCCUCCGAACCAGGCGAUCCUUCACCCAUAGAUUGUAUUGCAAUGUCAGGAGAAUUACCGCUCGAGGUUUUCACUUUCCUAAACCAAUUGUUCUCAAUUGCUCCCACGAUGAGACCCAAUCGACGUCGUCCUCUAAUCAGGAUGGCCAGGACCCUCCUCAGGAGGCUGUUUUGAAGGCAAUUUCAGAGGUAUCUAAGACAGAAGGGAGGGUUGGGCAUACCACGAAUAUGGUACUUGGAGGAACAGUGACUAGUGAUUCUACUAACGAGUGGCUCGCUUUGGAUCAAAAGGUGAACUCGUACCCGGGUGUUAGAGGCUUUACAGCGAUUGGAACUGGAGGAGAUGAUUUUGUGCAAUCUAUGGUUGUUGCUGUGGAGUCUGUCCUCCAACAACCAAUUCCUGAGGGCAAGGUGAAGCAUAAAUUUUCAGCAAAAGGGAAGUACAUUUCGGUAAACAUUGGACCGGUUCAAGUAAUUUCCAGUGAGCAGGUUCAAGCCGUAUACAACGCAAUGAAGAGAGAUGACCGUAUGAAAUACUUUCUAUAACUCUCGUUUUUGAAUUAGGGUUUACUUGUACGCGUCCUUGUAAUGUAAUCACUCUUAUCCUUCUAGAUAUCUUGAUUAUUCCACUUAAAAAGUUCUCUAAUUCUACAUCAUCUUUUCUUCA